UAGUGACUAGCCAGGGUACAGAAGGGUAGAAACAAGAGAUCUCAAGUCUGUAGGUAAAUAACCUCUGCCCGCAUCACAUGUUCCUAGCAUUUAUUCCAUUGGCCCAAGCAAGUCACAUGGCCAGUAACUCAAAGGUACAGAUUGCCCAUCCAGAUGCUGCUGUGUCCUGCAUGGCUUUAGUUCUGGAAAACUGACUGGGGGGCAGCAAGAGAAUGGAAAAAAAGAUACACAGGCACAGAAAGGUAGAGAAAACCUGGGCUUGGGUGGGCCAGGCCAUGUACUCUGGUGGAGAUGCAGCAACCACAGAAUCAGCCCAGAAACUCAGCCUUUAUUUUACACAUCUGAAUGGAGGAGGCGGGUUGAUGGUAUACACCUUAGGGGCAGGCUUACCUAGUCUCAAUAGAAGGUCUCUGUAGGGAAGCAGUCUCAGGCUGCGGUGAUCCCAGAAGAGAAUGCUGUGGUUGAUAGUUUUUAUACACACCGGUCAGUCGUUCAUAAACACUUAUACUUGGGUCAUUGUGUUAUGUGACAAAACAUUUGUUGGGGAGACACUACACACACGUCUAGUCACCAUAGAGUGGGAGCCCAGGACAGAUCAAAGUAUGGAUACCACCAAAAUCGAGCUUGGUAAACCAGCAAGUGUUAUUGGGGUUACUUGCAGGAAUAUGGGUGAGAGGUUAGUUACAGGAGCAGAAAUGACUCAGAGACAGUUGCAUCACCAAGACCCACCACAGCAUGGGUGACAAGGCACAACAAUGGGAACUUGGAACACACUGCACAGCCUUCAGGCAGCUCAGCAGGUUGGAGAGUGUCCUUUCCAAGCGACUCUGCUCUAAACCUCUUCCAGGCUGCUAGGUGGUCUCUGCUGCUUCCAGGCAUCCUGUCUGGUCUCAUUUUUACUGCUUGGCUUGGCUGACAGUCUCCUAUUCACCUUGGCUUCUCUGAGAGUGACCCUCGGCAGUCUUUAUUGCUUACUCUGGACCGAGGGGGCCUAGUGAAUCUUGUCGGUUUCAAGGACUUCCUGAAGCUAUUUUGAGUAGUUUACCUCCCUGCUUAAAGAGCUUCCCCAUAGUAUGGAAUGUUUCCAUCUUGGAGGAAAUUGUUGCACAACACACAGGAAGACUUUUGCCAAUUUCCUGAACCUAACUUGGAGAAGGUUUGGCCCCUCUCAUUGGUCUAAUGCACUGGAGCCCUUGACAUAACGGUAAGCAUGUUAACAAUACACACUCAGGGUUUCAACUGUUCUUUACAUGUUCACCCAAGGCUUCCUCCACUCCCCUGCAAGCGGCCAGGUCAAGAGCGUGGAUCCAUACCACUAUUACAGAGAGGGAAGAAAUGGCACUUAAAAACCCAGCUUCUCUACUCUCUCAACAGUCUGAAAGGCAGGCAUCCCCUGCACCAUUGUCUUGAGUCUGUGGAGCCUUCUGUUAUUCACCCAACGAAGUGUAAGCUGCUUUAGCAAAAUUAGAAUUCACAGCCUCUGCCUUCCAGACCUCUGUGGUUUCUUCCUGGAAGUAGCCCCCGGCAUCGUUAAUAAUCACAUCCCUUGCGUUUCGGGGCCCAAAUUAGUUCUUCUCCAACAAAGCCCCGGCCCAGCGUUGCCUCUUCUCUUAGCCUGAUGGGAGUUUAACAUUGUUUGGGAUCUUCUGCUCUGCUUUUACAAGCCAUUUUUACUACUGCUGCACUAAUAAAUUAUUUAUGGUGGGAAACCAAAAUCAGAAAAUCCUGGCUACUUGAAGACAGACUUUAUUAAAAACAUCUCCUUCCCCCUUGCAACAGAGACCCCCCCUAGGUACACUCAGUUCCUCUGCUUACCCAGCCUCAAUGCACAGUGCAAGAGACACUGCCCAUGGCUACAGAGGCCAGGGUGUGGAAGAAGAGAGCAGGAAGCUAAUUCUCUAAUUAAUUUAAUUAAUUAAUGGGAUUUUUUUUUCUUUGCUGCUACUGCCUGGUGCCACGUAGGCACAGAUGAAUGUGACUUUACGGGUCUGACUGGUAGUGGUGGGAGGCCAGUGAAUGAAAUGGGAAGCCACCUCACCCUGAUGCAGUAAUCCCUUGUUCACAGAAGAACUGGCUAUGGAAAGGCUGCUGAGAUGAUUUGGUAGUGGGAUGUUUCAGUGAAUAAGGUCGUGAUGAGCAGGCAUGAGGACCUGGGUUCAGAUCGCCAGCACCCAUGUUUAAAAAAAAAAAAAAUGCACUAUGCCUUUAUCCCAGUACUGGGAGAAAAACCAGGAGAACCCAGAGGUCCAUUGGCCUGCCAGUCUAGACAAUAAAUGAGCUCCAGGUUCAGCGAGUCUUGUCUCAAAAAUAAAUUAAAUAAGACCAAAAUUGACAGAAGAAGACACCUGACAUACAUGGGAGAGGGGGAUGGAAGGGAGUGGGGGGGUGGGGCAAGAUAGAGAGGAUGUUUAUGAGUGGCCAGUUCUGGGCCUGAUAGCAAGGCAUUGGGCUGAGAUGUCUCUAGAAUAAAAGGGAGUUUAUAUUCUGCAGAAAGGGACGAUUAGUUGAGAAGAAAGUAGCCAUAAGACCCUGGGUAGUCUUAACCCCCUCUGAGGACCCAUUGGCCUUUCACCUGAAAACCAUGACACCAGGCAGGUCCCCACUGGAAACCCAGGAGAGGACUUUAUAGCUAAAGGCCAGAGGACAACCUGAACUGCAUGAACUGAACUGCAGAAAGGGCAAGAGAGGAGGGCUCCCAUGAUUCCACAGGAUAAGAGUGCAGCCCUGGGGCACUAGACCAGGUACAGUGAGCGUAGCCAGAGACUCUUUCUGCCUCUCCGCACUGGCAGCGUUGUUCGGACGGACCAGGUGCCUCAGUCGCCAGCGCGCUGUUCGCUCAGAGUCCCGGGGUGGGGCCCAGGACUGUCUCAGCUCUUCACUUCCACGCCUUGGAGCCCAGACGCCGCAGGGUCUCCCCUUCUUUCCCCAUCUUUUGCCACCGGAGUGGGGGGUGGGGGAGUCGAGAUUGACAGUACACACAUCAAUGACAGCUUUAAGGCGGAAGGGGUGGGGGCUGUCCCUCCCCACUCCUGACGCACCCGGUCCCCUCCUCCCCUUAGCACACCCUGGCGCCUGGAGUUGGUACUGGCAGUCAGAGAGGUCCAGAGACUGUGCCCCGUACCCUGCCUGCCCCUGACACUCUGGCCUCCCCUAGGCUGAUCUGCUUGCAAAGAUCCGUCCCCACGUUCCCAGACACCUAGGGUCUGAUGGUUCCCAGCCCUCGGAGCCGGCUUCCUCGCUGCACCUAGCUAGUCCAGGAGCCUCGGGGAGAACAUAGUGCCGAGUACAGGGCCAGGAUCUCGGUGGCGGCAGCUACUCCCGGUGUGUGGGGGGAGGGGGCGCGGGCCGUUGGGGGGUGCGCAGAGGUGCCAGGGGACCGAGGGACAGCGGGACAUCUGGCCUGGCCACGCGGCUUCAAGUUUCCACGGGCGCAAGGUUGUGCAACCGCGCGAUCCGAGCGAGAGCCGCGAGCGCCUCGGAAAACAAGGCGAGCCCAUAAACAAAGCCACGUGGCCUCGGGGCCCGGGGGGGCCGGGCUAAGAGCAGGCGGCUCUUCCGGCAACAAAGAGCCGGGGCAGAGGCCCGGGAUAAAUACUGCGCCCCGGCAGCCUGGCGCAGCAUACCCGGAGUCCGACGCGACCGGAGACCCUCCCCAGCGCCUGCGCCCUCUGCGAGUGCAAGGACCCCCCCGCGCCCACCCCAGACCCGCAACCCUCCACACCAGUACCCCACACUUGUCCCGGUCGCCGCCUGUGUUCCCCUAGCAUCUUUCCUGCGCCGCGCAUCCCCGGGGCCAGCCAGGCCGGUCGGUCCCCGGCUAUCAAUCCGUCCUGUCCGUCGGUCGCGUCCGCGCUCGGUGCCAUGCCGUUCCUUGGGCAGGACUGGCGGUCCCCAGGCCAGAGCUGGGUGAAGACAGCCGAUGGCUGGAAGCGCUUCCUGGAUGAGAAAAGCGGCAGCUUCGUGAGCGACCUCAGCAGUUACUGCAGCAAGGAGGUAUACAAUAAGGAGAAUCUUUUCAACAGCCUCAACUAUGAUGUUGCAGCCAAGAAGAGAAAGAAAGACAUACUGAACAGCAAAACCAAAACUCAGUAUUUCCAUCAAGAAAAAUGGAUCUAUGUUCACAAAGGAAGUACUAAAGAGCGCCAUGGAUACUGCACUUUGGGGGAAGCUUUCAACAGACUGGACUUCUCGACCGCCAUCCUGGAUUCCAGAAGAUUCAACUACGUAGUAAGGCUGUUGGAACUGAUAGCAAAGUCACAGCUCACGUCCCUGAGUGGCAUCGCCCAAAAGAACUUCAUGAACAUCUUGGAAAAAGUAGUGCUGAAAGUCCUUGAAGACCAGCAAAACAUAAGACUCAUCAGGGAACUUCUGCAGACCCUCUACACAUCCUUGUGCACACUGGUCCAGAGAGUUGGCAAGUCCGUGCUGGUGGGCAACAUUAACAUGUGGGUGUAUCGGAUGGAGACCAUUCUGCACUGGCAGCAGCAGCUGAGCAGCAUCCAGAUCACCAGGCCUGCCUUCAAAGGCCUCACGUUCACCGACCUGCCUGUGUGCCUGCAACUGAACAUCAUGCAGAGGCUGAGCGACGGGCGGGACCUGGUCAGCCUGGGCCAGGCGGCCCCAGACCUGCACGUGCUCAGUGAGGACCGGCUGCUGUGGAAGAGGCUCUGCCAGUACCACUUUUCCGAGCGGCAGAUCCGCAAGCGAUUGAUCUUGUCUGACAAGGGACAGCUGGAUUGGAAGAAGAUGUAUUUUAAGCUGAUCCGGUGUUACCCCAGGCGAGAGCAGUAUGGAGACACCCUGCAGCUCUGCAAACACUGCCACAUUCUCUCCUGGAAGGGCACUGACCAUCCGUGCACAGCCAACAACCCAGAGAGCUGCUCUGUCUCGCUUUCCCCCCAAGACUUCAUCAACCUGUUCAAGUUCUGAAUCCCAGCCCGAGACGGCACCUCACAAGGCCCUGCUGAUCAGAGAGAUGGCUGCGAGUUCAGAUGACUUGGUCUGUAAAUAGUGUACAUUUUAAGCCUUGGCUGGACACUUCUGAGCGAAGUCACUGAGAAGAAACGCAGUUGCCAAUGGGAACUUACAAAUGUGAACUUCACAUUAGAACUGGUACGGAAAAGCAGAGAUACUGUAAAUAAGACUUUUUUCCCCCCUAACAAUUCGCCAGCAAGACUAUAAAGGCAAGAACUCUUAAGUCUGCCAUGAAAAUGGAGUCCUCUUGAUGUUCAUGGAUACUUCCUAGUUCCCUAGGAAGAAAAAUGCAAAACUCAAACACAAGAUAGAACACCCUGUUUACAAUGUGAUCAUGUUGUUAAGACGUAAGGAAGGAGGAAAAGAAUGCUACAGUUGAGAAGUCCUUGGGCUUUGGGUUUGGAUCUGGGGUUUUGAACAGGCAAAGAAGUCCACCCAUCUGAAUCCUGCACGGGGCAUACAUAAGGCCUUAUCCUACGAAGAUGCCACACAAUGGUCUACCUCUAAAAGCAUAGAGUGCUCUCUGGCAGCAUACGUUAUCUAGCAGGCAAUGUCUGUGUUUCAUGUAAGUUCUUUCAUCUAUAAAGUGAUCUAAGAUGGGAACGAAUUAGGAAAAAAAAAAAAAAACCUUCUUCUUGGUUCUGACUUCCUUUGCCCUCUCCUCUCCAGUAUCUACACAUUGUUUUCCUUCCAUGUUGUAGCUCAUGCAGGGAACUGAAAGGCUAGCUUAAGAACAGCUCCAGCAGAAGUCAUGGAGAGCUAGAAUUAGGCACCUGUAGAUGUGAAGGCUUGGCACUUCUGAUUGAACUCUACCCUCUUCUAAUUAACUUCUGGGCUUGUCUGGACUUCCUCGGGUAUCUUCAUGGAUUAGUGAAUGUCUGUGAACAUAGUGGCACCCAAGACCUGAGGCUUGAGAGACACACACUUUCCACACCAGCCAAUUAAACAUUCUGAUAGCUGCUGCUUCCCCUUGGCAGGGUAAUGAGCCGAGGCUCUUUCUGUUCUUUAGGUCCACCAUCAAACUUGAGUCAUCCUGAACUGGGACUUUUCACAAGCAUGAUUUAAAAGGAAGCCUGGAGUUCCAGCCAGAUAGAGAGAUGAGUUCAUCUUAAACUUGUUUCAGGACUGAGUUAAAAGAAAGAGUUAAAAGACAAAGGAUCCCUGGGGGUCUUGCAAAGCAGAGAUAUGAACACUGUGGAAGAAAGCAAAUCUCAGGACUUCAGGAGUUAAUUCCUGGGGUGGGGAAAAUGUUAUUUUUUACUUUUUAUAGAUUGUUGCUUUUCUACAAUGUACAUACAUUUGCAGUUGUAUUUGCUUUUUUUUUUUUUUAAUCUCCAAAUAAAACUGCCACUAUGCAUGUCCUUGGCAAAGAAGCAGAAAUAGGAAUUUGUUCCAUAUAAAUGUUAAGUAAGGUAUUGUGUAACCUGAAGCAUUGAUGCUUGGGGUGGUCCUUGGAGGAGAGGAAAGAUGGCCGAGCAUACACAGGAACAAGGGACAGUCAAUGCCUCUUCCUUUGGUGAUAGUCAGUACUGUGAGACAGAUGGAGUCUGCAGGGCUUCCUGAUUGGCAGUCUCUGCCCUUAACACCGGAAGUUCUCCAUACUUCCUUCAUCCUUGAGGGGCAAAUUAAGUUGAAUUUAGAGGCCCGUAAUGCAAAAAGGGAAAUGUAAAAGAACAAGAGUUGAUGUAUAAAGUUGAACUUUAGAGAGUUCAAACCUGUAAGGGUUUUCUAUUUGUUCUAUUUUUUUUUUUUAAACUCUUCUCCCCAGAAUGAUUUUUACAUUAAGAAUGUAGGGCUGGGACUAUGAAGGAAAAGAAAGAAAAAAAGAAAGGUAGGAAGGAAGGAAGGGACAGACAGACAGACAGACACUUUUUCCAUAAUUGUCAGACUGUCUACACCGGCUCGCCUUCUGUAAAGAUGUGGGGUGGAGCUGGGUCUGCCGGUGCUGUGAAAAGCACUGGACACAGCGAUUCUGAGUGAUACUGCUAGGGUCGGGGGCUGUGGUCUUUCACGCGUUCUCAUCAGCCUGUCGCCACUGCUCUGCCGUGUGGUUUAGAGAUGGAAGGUUGUUGGGAACUUGUGAGUUCACAGUCCCAGCAACUUUGCCUGCUCUGGACUGCCAGCAGAAAACCGAUGAGCGGUCUCGUGGAGAGUGUCAGCAAUGUGCAAAGGCCUAUAUCAUGCAUGCCCCAGGCACCAACCUGCCCCUGUGUAAAAUGGCCCUGGCCCCUAGCAGUGAGGUCAGAGCCUUUCGGAAUGUUGACUAGGUGCCUGCAGAUUCUCCAGGAACCUUGGUGUCAUUGGUAUGUGACACAACCGAAGGAUUGAUUUUUUAAGAAUGAAAAAGAAAAAAGGAACAUGGAUGGGUCCCUUUCAUUGGUUAGUAGAAACUAGGAAGGAUGUGGCAGGUGGAGAGGGAGUGGGCGGGGAGUAGAAAUGAUGUAUCUUGAUGGUCUGUGCGGGGAGGAGAGUCGGGGAGAGAAGAGCAGGCAAGAUGUCCAUAUUAGGCCACGGCCAGAGCCUCACAUACAAGUAACCAGAGUUCAAAACUUUUUGCUCCUAGGACAUGUAUAGUCUAUAGAAUUCCUCUUGGCAAACCCACCCAGGACUCCCAGACCUCCAACACAAAAACUAAGAAUCCCUGACCCAGAACUGCUGCUACAAAAGCAAGAGGGGUGUGGCUCUAGAAAUUGCUAGAAGAAUUUUUCCAACACAAAGGAAAAAAAAUAUGUGCUUUCUCUCUACUGUACCUUCCUGUCCCUCCUUUGCGUGUUGUAAAGCAGGACUAGAGAUGCCCACUCCGAAGUCAUUCAGACAGCAAGAGAAGGAAAAGGUUCUGUCCGAGCCAUUUGAGCAAACCCAGGGUAAUAGUGACUCAAAACAUUUGAGAGCAGUCAGCUGAGUCUCUGAACAGGGAGAACCAUUCCAUAUAAAGUUUAGGAAUGCUCCUCUUAUCGCAAGAGCCAGCAAAAGAAAAAAAAUAAACCCAGUGACACUAGACCAUGUCAUGACUCCCCACUGUUGAGGGAACAGGUGCAUCCGUUGAAUGGAAGGGAAGGGUAGCAGAAAGGAUCAGCAGUUCCAAGGUGGGGUCCACAGCCCAUCAGCUGGGAGAGGCUUUCUGGCUAGUGAUGAUCGAUUUCAGAUGAAAGUGGUUUGGACAAGAUACUUCCUCUGCAAAAGCUUUCAGCCAAAGAGCCGAUCUACUUUUGACUGGGAAAGCCAGCUAGUGGGUGGCUCAUCCUUGUGGUCUCACAAACCCUUCCCCAUGAGGUGCUUGCUGUGGACAUAGACUCCUUGUUUUUAUUGUUUUACAUGGAAGAGCAAAGGCUGGGGAUUUGAUUUGUCUAAGCGAUUGGUAUGAUUCACAGAGAGAUAAAUCAUCACAAGAGGCGUUUAGCAGUAUAUGGUUCUCGGCAUUCAAAACAAUGUUUAUUAUAAAACAUGCACCUGGGUUUAUGUUUUUCUGCCUGGCUGCAGGGCAAUAACAUCUUGCUAUGCAAACACUCUAAGUUUUAUGUGUGAAUUUUUGACUGUAAUUUUAUGUGUGCAUUUUUUAACUAAACUAUCAUUUUCUAUGCUGA